AGAGACUGAGAGAGUGUGAGAGAGAAAGAGAGACUGACAUGGACGCAUGUCUUUAUCCAUUCAGCUCAUUGGUUGCAAUCGCUCUUCUUACUUUUCCCAUUGAUUUGGGGGCCCCCUGACACACGGAGUUGCGGUCUGGCCAGUGCUCUAUCACCCAAGGCAGCCCUGGCCCCCGCCACAGCACUGACCGGGAGAGACCCUUCAGCCUGGCAGCCACGUGGGAACUCCCUGAGAGCUUGCUGGAGGAGACCAAUCCACCACAGUCCUUAACUCAUCAGACCUGGACUCGGCCAGGCCUCCAUAGCCUGGUGCCCUCCUGACAAGGGAGGCUCCUCCGGAGAGGCGAGAAGGACACUUCCCUCAGCCUCCCGAGUGCACCCAUGCACGGGGCUUAGCCCAGCUGCCCACGCUCUUGCCACCGAAGCCCCGCCCCCCCAUGCAGUCCUCGGCACCCCCCUCCUUCUCACUUGCCGACGCAACCCCUGAUGGGGAGGGGCUUGACCAGGGCCAGCUUCUCACGGUCCAAUCCCGAGGCUGUGCGGGUCUGGGCGCCUGCCUCGAGAGGACCCCCGGGCACGCCAACACCCAGGACAUGCUUCAAGCCUUCGAAACCCACUGCCACCCCACCAGGCUGCCCAUCCACCGCCAAAUCCGGAAGGCACACCUCUGCCCUCCGCCUGACAGGAGGUGUCUUGCAGGAGAGAGUCCCUGGGGCCCAGGACACAGCCGCACAUCCUCUGGGUGCUUGCCGUGGGUGCGCUCCGCUCAACACUCCAUCCGCCCCAAGGCGGGGCCUGCCCAUUUGGAGCCUUGCAGCUCUCACCUGUUCCAGCCUCCUCCUCGGAGCCGCACCUGGGGCCAGAAGGGGCUCGGGCGCCCUCGUGUGGACAUCUGCUCGAACAGCCCCUCGCAGGCUUCCCUCUCUCUGGCUCAGCAGUCCCUGGGGCUGCAUUGUCUGGGGCCCAGAGGACGGUGGGCUCUCCUUCCCCCACUCUCUCUCGGGAAAGACCAAGAAGGGCCCGGCCACGUAGGUGCUCGCUCUCGCGCUCUCUCUCUCUCGCUCUCUCUCACUCUCUCUCGCUCUCUCUGUCUCUCGCUCUCAAGGCCUUUCGGGGUGCAGAGGCCAACCUCCACCAGGCCUCGCUCUGGAAACCCUUCUCUCCACAUCCACCAGGGCGUGCCAGCCUGCUUCCUUUUGGAUAGAGCCUUGCCCACAGGCCUUUCGGGGUGCAGAGGCCAACCUCCACCAGGCCUCGCUCUGGAAACCCUUCUCUCCACAUCCACCAGGGCGUGCCAGCCUGCUUCCUUUUGGAUAGAGCCUUGCCCACAGGCCUUUCGGGGUGCAGAGGCCAACCUCCACCAGGCCUCGCUCUGGAAACCCUUCUCUCCACAUCCACCAGGGCGUGCCAGCCUGCUUCCUUUUGGAUAGAGCCUUGCCCACAGGUAUGGAGGAAGAUGGGUGCGUGUGAGGAUGGAACGAGUAUGUCUGUCUGCCUUUUUCCCCUUUGAUUCCUUCCUUCGUCCCGUUCAGUCUGGCCUCGAGGCUUUCCUUCUUCCUUGUCUGUUCUGGCCGGUUGUCUCUUUCCCUUCUCUCUCCAAAUGGAUUGACCCCACCUGGAGUGCGCCCGAUUGGGAUCCCCAUCCAUGUCUGCCAAGGCGCGGUGCUGACCCAACCCACCCCACCGACCAAGUCAGCCCCUCUCCCAAGGGGGCCAGAAGGGAACCCAGGGAGCCCUUUCUUGGGAUCAGGUCAUAGCGCAGCUUGCAUAGGCCCGGCCUGCCUCUAGCUCACACCCUCUCAGCCGGUGCCUAGAAGGAAGAGAAGAGCCUCCCAAGGAAAGGCAAAGGGGGGUUCCUGAGCCCUCGGGAGAGACUCUGCCCCGCGCUUGGCACCGCUGCUCUCCCUGAGAGCUCCGUCCGUUUUGGCCCCUGCCAUGCACGCCUCACGCCUCGCAGGCACAGUGCGCGCACCCCGAAACCCAGGUCACGCUGGGCUUCCCAGUGGAACAGCUCAAGCACUCAAACCAGGAAGGAGAACCCAAAACCACCAACCCAGGUGACACGUGGGGCGGAGGCCUGAAUCCACGCGGCCCGUAUCCGGAGAGCCAGACGGCAUCCAGCGCCGGACGAAGCACACCAUCCCUGAUUCCUAGAGAAGUCCAAGUCCCAACGAGGCCGAGGGUCCUCUUCAGCCCUGUCCCCGUGGCCACGCUUAGGAGGCCUUUGAAUGACAGCCCCUGGGCGGAGUGUGGCAAAGAAGGUGCCCUCCCACGGGGUGGGUGUGUCCGGCCCUUUGGUCAACCGCUACGGACCCCAAGGUCCACGGCAUCCCCAAAGAACCCUGGAAUGACCAUCAGACCCAGCACUACCCCUCACGGCCCUGUCUCCAAA